AUGGCUAAUCUGAGAGAAGAACAAGAUUUCAGUGAACAUCAAGUCGAUCAGUACUCGCAAUCCUCAUCUUUGGGGAAACUUGAUUAUAUCCCACAGGAAGCACUAGAAAAUUUGGAAUGGUAUACUACUUUUUGGGAUGACAUGGAGAAAUUAGAAAAGGUCUUAAAAUUCGAUGAAUCAAUGGGUGAAGGAAACACACAAGAAAAUCGAUCUUUCAAUGUGUCAAGUGUUCAGAUUAAUCAACAGGACAAUAUUGAUACAAGUGUGCCUAAUCAUCAUCAGAGAAUUUGCAGCGAUUCUGAGACGAAAGAAACUACUCAAAAGCCUCUGCGAAGGACUAAAGUGAAGUCAUGUUCUAUUAAGAAGAGUAGAGCCAAGAAAUUCAUAGGAGAUAGAAGUUGCAGCCAUUGUGAGACCAAAGAGACUACUCAAUGGAGGGAAGGUCCUUUGGGGAAGAAUAGUUUGUGCAAUGCAUGUGGAUUACGAUACAAGUUAAAUGGAUUGGUUAAAGGGUAUAGACCUAAGGCAAGUCCAGCUUUCGAUAUCAGAAAUCAUUCAAAUUUACACAAGAAGGCGAUGCGAAAGGAAUGA